GCCAUUAAGUAGCAGAGCCCAAAUUCUGCUCCGACUCCUGCCCAGAACAUCCACACAGGCUCCCAGGUGGCCUUGAGGCUGGCGUGGGUAAAGAUGGGGCAGAACGCGACAGCUCAGGUCCCUCUGCCUGCCGGAGUAGAAGUGUGGAAGUUUUCUUUGGUUUGAAUGUUUUUGGCCGGCUGGAAUGGCCACGUGUCGAGACCUGGGUCUCACCUGUAGCACAGGUGGACUGAUAGUGCUUAGCAGGUGCACGGCUCUUCACAGACAUCCUCCCAAGCCCCAAAGGGAGGCAGGGAAGUACUGUUCUCAUCAUGCUGCACAUAGGGGAAACUGAGGCAGGUUUGCUAAGUGAGGUGAGGUCACAACAGGGAGGAAGUGACAUGGCCAAGAUUGGAAUCCAGGAACUCCUGGCUCCAGUCUGGUGCUUGUCCCACUUGCCCGCACCUCUGUUCGCCCCUUCCCCAUCCGCGCAGGUUCUGCUGUAGCUAACUCCGUUCCGAGUGUCCGUGCGGCUGGGUGACGCAGCUCGCCUGUGCUGCAGGAUGCCUCGCGCCUCUCUGGCACGCUCAGCCGUGGGCAGUCUUCCAGCCCCACAAACCUGGCUCUCUUCGUUGGCAGCGCAAGAGCCUGCCACUGCGCCGUGCAGGCCAGCCGAGGUCACGCUGCUGACCGCUCCGAGCGGCGCUGACAAGCAAUCUCCUUGCAGUUCAGUCCAGUUCCUACUGCCCCUCUGCCUCCCUCCUGCAAGGGACUCAUUUCUGCAGACAGUUGGGAUGCUUUCCGGCUCCAGGCGUGUACUUCCCCCUCCUCGGGGCUGGGCUGGGCUGGGCUGGUGACACCUGCUUGGAGAGCAGAGACCAGUGGAAUGUUACAAAGAACAGAUCUGAUGAGCAGGGUGAUUACGGGGGUGGAAUUUAGAGUAGCCGGAGCCUUGGCACAAUUGGCUGCCAUCAGGAAAUGCUUCUGUGCCAGGAGCCCCUAGGAGCCGUGGCGAUUCGAGGGCGAGUCUGUGUUUCAGACAGGAAAUGGCUGAAGAAAUGUACAGAACGACCGGCUAGUUCUGUGUUGGUGCAGGAUUUCUGAGGUCCAAGAGGAAAUUCCAGUGCCCGGCCCAGUGUCUCCUGGAGUAGCCAAGGAGAAACUGAAACCCGCCUGGCAGCGAGUGGGGUCUGGAGGGGGGAAAGGGGGGCUGCCCAGUCCAUAGCCGUGGGUGGCCAGCGUGCACCAUUGUGGCACAGAUGCUACGUUUCAUCCAGUAGGAAGUGGAGCUUUGGGAUUCACCCUCUGCUGCUGGAGACUCUCCACUGCUCUCCUCUCCCGUGGGCUCAGGGUUGGAGGCAGGGCUUGCUGGUUUGAUGAAAACGUCAGUUCCCUUUCCCUUCCCUCCUUUGUUCCCCCCUGCCCUUUUCCCUGGAGUUCCCCAUGCUUCUUCCUUUCUCUUUGUCAUGAAGUCAAGUCUGCACCCAGGGGUGGGAGAACCUGCUCUCGCGGCCUUUUGCAGAAUCACCGCUAGCUACAAGGCGUCCCUUAUGAGGGUGUCAGUGGGAAAUGAGACUAGACCAUUGCAGAGGAGAUUUCCCGUCUUGCACUUGCACUUCCUUGUACCUUUCUGGAGCGGUUUGUAAAAUCCCAGCGCUACAGAACCCAGCCGCGUCUGGGCCCUCCACAGAGUCGAACCAGGAAAGUGGUACUAGACCCUCCUUACUAAAUUAAAUGUAGAGGCUGCUCCUCCAAGGAAAAGUUCAGUUCAUCCGUAGGGUUUGAUUUCCCAGCCACAGCAAUAUGGUGCCUCCAGGGAAAAAGCCAGCUGGAGAAACGUCCAAUUCCAAUAAAAAGUGUAAGCGCUAUUUCAAUGAGCACUGGAAGGAGGAAUUUACCUGGCUGGAGUUUGACUAUGAAAGGAAACUCAUGUUUUGCAUAGAAUGUCGCCAGGCGCUGGUGAAGAAUAAACACGGCAAAGCGGAGAAUGCCUUUACCGUGGGCACGGAUAACUUCCAGCGUCAUGCCUUGCUGCGGCACGUCACCUCUGGAGCGCACCGCCAGGCGCUGGCGGUUAACAGAGAGCAGCUGGCGUUCGAGGCUCGCGUCCAUAACCACCAAGAGCUGCGCUCCGUGAUCAAGGUGGAAGUGAACCCCGCCAAGAUAGCCAUCCUCACCACCGUGUACUGGAUGGCUAAGGAAGAGAUCCCGGACGAGAAGUGCUCCUCGCUGCUUGAGUUCCAGAAGUUCAAUCUCUGCCAGGCGUUGCUGACCUCGGAGCUCAGUGACUGUUACCACCCCCGCAGCGUCAAAGAGAUGCAGGCAGCGAUCGUCAAAGUCCUUCACAACGAGGACAGGCACAAGAUGAAAGCCUCGCCAUUCGUUGGGCUGGUGGUGGACGAGACGGUCGACGUUCUGGAGCACAGGAACCUGGUCAUGUUUACAACCACCGUCUCCCCGUGCGACGGGCAGACCUCCAUCACAUUCCUGGGCAGCUUUGAGCUGCCAGCUGGGGAGGCCUACACUGUGGCGGACAAAGCGGUCGAGGUGAUGCACUCUUUUGGCGUUCCCACCAUGAAGAUCACGUGGCUCAGCUCUGACAGCUCUUCCCUGAUGGCCGAUAGGCUGAAUGGGGUGGGGACCAAGCUGAAGUCCAUCUGUCCUCUUCUCACUGAAAUGCACUGCGUGUCCCACAGGAGCUCCCUGCUGCCAGCUGAGAGUGUCGUUAAUAUUGAGUAUGUCCGGAAAUACGAGACCACGGUGGAUGCUGUCUACCGACUGUACUCCAACUUCAAAGGGGAGAGCAACAGCCUCCAGGAGCUGCAGAGUGUCCUGGAUCUAUGUGAGAUAGACCUGGAGGGACCCAAGACCAUCCAUUGGACUUCCAUCUUCCCAGCUGUGGAGGCAAUUGACUCCUCAUGGCCUACAUUGGUGCUUCUGCUGGAGAGUGAGUCGGAGAGGUCCCCUGUGGCAUUUGGCCUCUGCGAAGAGCUCAAGAAGUUCCAGUUUGUGGCUUUCACAAAGAUCCUCCUGGAUGUCCUCCCCAUCUUCCAGAAGCUGAGUCGGUUCUUCCAGAUUGAGGAUUUCGAUCUCUCCAUCCUGAAACCCAUCGUCUCUGCCACCGCCACCACCCUGCAGGCCCAGAAGACCACGAGCGGCCAGAACUUCCAGGAGUUCCUCAAUGAGAUGAAUGAGCAUCCCCGAGAGGACCGGGAAGACGAGAGCCGUUUCUACUACAAAGGGGUGGAGCUCGCCAGCUGCUCCAAGGUGCACCUGAAGAACUUUGAGCACUUGAAGGAAACCUACCUCGAGAGUGUGCGGGGCAACUUGCUGGAUCGGUUCCCUAGUCAUGUGCUUGAGGCUGUCAACUCCUUCUCCGCCAUCUUUAACCCCAAGUGCUACCCCCAGUCUUUGGAUGAUAUCGGCAGCUACGGCAUCACCGAACUGAACUUCCUCUUGCAGGCUUAUUCCCGGGUGGUGGUGAGUGAAAGGGCGCUGAACGAUUUCCCCCUUUUCAAACGGAUAGUGUUCAGCCUCAGCCAGUUAUCCUUCAAGGACCUUUGCGUCAAGCUGGUUUACAGCCAUUCCGAAAUGCACGAGCUCUUCCCGGACUUUGCUGUCCUGGCUGCCAUUGCUCUGGCCUUGCCUCUUGGCUCGGUGCUCUACGAGAAGAUCAACCGGGGCCAGGAACUCAUGAAACGCAGCCAGUGGCGCUACGCAAAGGACUCCGGCCUGUCCAACUUCAUGAAGAUCGCCAUAGACGGGCCCACCAUUAAUGAGUUUGACUUUGCAUUAGCCAUUGAGUAUUAUGAAAGUCUGAGAGAAUCCGAUUUCAUCAUGGCACAGGUUCAAUAAGAUGAAAACCAAGCCACCUUUUGGGUGAUCAACUGUGAAAAUACGAAAUAUUUUUGACUCCAAGAUAACAUUACCCUGCUGAUAGGGUGUGAGGCCUUACAUUUAAGCAAGAAUAUCUAAGGGUUGAGUUUUGUUUUGUUCUCAUUAUUAUGAUUUUCCCUUUGCUCUACCACUCUCAUCUCUUCCAUCAGUUCUGAUCAGCCAGCCCCACGAACAUGCUCCAGAAUCUAGGGCUAAAUGUGAAAUGUUGCAAGAGUGUUCUGUUCAGCGGUGGGAGUUUUCGAGCAAGUCCUAUUAUGAAGCAGGACAAGGGAGCUUUUUCUUAAAUUCAUUUCGGUCCUGCUAUCUCAAAAGAAAUUUGAUUGAAUUGGCUGAAAUGUUUAAUAUCCAUUUUUCCUGUUGGUUUUAGCCACACUAUUACAUUUAACAUUGUAUUUAGAUUCACUUUCUUUCCUUCAAAAAAAAAAUCUCAUAUCUUGAGCUCGAACAUAACGUUGCUUACACACACCGUUCCUGGCAGCUUUCUCUUGAUGUUCUGUUCUGCAAAAAAAAUCCAAUUUUUUUCUCUUUGGAGCCUAGAGAAUGAACGCUGAAGAGACGGCAUAUCUUUCUAGCUCUGUCACACGUCUCAUCAUGCCUAGCAGUGUCUUGUUAAAAUUCCUUGCACAUAGCACAAAAUAUUGUUAGUGUUGGAAUCAACUCAUGAUCCUUCCAAAUUCAAGUAAUUUGGAGAGUGAUAUUGUAAUCACCAAGGAAAUAGUAACUUUUAAAUGCAUCCUUGUGUAUAUAUGUUUGUGUAUAUAUAUAAAUUUAUAUAAAUAUAGAUAUAUAUUAAAUAAAUAUAUCUUAACUUUCCUAGUGUUAAAAUACAAAGAUAUCUAAAAGGACUUUGGUUUUGUUUUGUUUUUGCAAUGACAGAAUAAAUUAUAUACAGGGGUCCAACAAAGUAAUAAACUGAAUUCCUGGUCUUUUCAGAACAGCACAUUGCCCCUAACCUUUCUGUUGCAGUCUGAGCCUUCUGCAAUCUUACAACCAAAGAAAAUGGCCUGUAACAUCCACCUUAUGGACAAACUUGAGUUUUGUUUCUAUUGAUUCUUUUCUUUUUUAUUUUUUUAACAUUCCCUCACCUUGGAGUGAGUGAUCCCGGGACAGUCGAGGGUCAGACGGCUCCUCUAUCCGUAGGGGGUCGGUACACAAGCGUUUAACCUUUGUCACCAUGUCCGGAUAGAGCCUGUGUUGUAUGGCAUGUGUCCUCUUUGUUAUUUACACAGGCUUAUGUUUGUUUUUAUCUUAUCUUACUUGCGGUGUUUUUCUUAGUUUGGG